AUGUCGUUAGAUCUUGGAGAUGACUUUGGAGAGAUAGAAUACAGCAGUCAAGAUCUCGCAAAUAUGGUACCAUAUCCUCUUUUAGCUACAAAAACGCCUGCGGAAAAUGUGAUGGAAACUGAAUCCCGUGAAAAACUUGAAUCUGAAUUGCCAAAUGACCAAAACGACGAUUCAAAUACUGAAAAAAUCAUCUCAGACAUUCUGGAAAUGGAAAAUGAUUAUUUUUUACCCAAAAGUCCAAAAUGUGGAACAAUCUUAGAAAUACUUAACCAAAAUGAGGAAAAUUCUGUCGUUGAGGCAGCCAUCGUUGAAGCUUCUGAUUCGGUCAUUGAAACUUCACCAAAACGUAAAAUUGGCGUCACCGAAGAGGAAAUAACGGACUUUGUCAACAAAAUUUCGCCAAAAUGUCAGCGAAUUAAUGAAUCGAGUGACAGUGACUCUAAUCCAAGCAGUGUCCAAUCAAGCAUCUUGUCAGAUGACUCCGAUAAAGGACUUUUUCGUCGUCGAGGUCGUCCCGCAAAACCAGUGGCAGCUUUACUCAACCUGAAAGAUUUUAAGAGCGACGAAGAACGAAGGUACCGUGAAUUACGCAACAAAAAUAAUGAAGCAACUCGUCGUUUGUACAGGAUGCGUCGACUGAGGGAAAAACAAUUACAGGACGAAGAAAAAACGUUACAAUUGGAAAAUGAAAAUUUGAUGGAGGAGGUGAACGAAUUGGAAAAACUCAUUAAAAAAUUUCAAAAAGCGAUCUUGAAAUUAUAA